UUUUUUUUGCACUCGUGCUCAGCUGAUUGUGACGCAGCGGCGCGGCCCGGAGGAGAAGGGCGGCGGGGGGACAAAUAUAGUCGCGGGGAAAAGCCCUCAGUCUGGAUAUGAGGCCCGGCAGAGCAGCGCGACGGGAAAGAAAUUGACUCAGUCGCAUGCUGUGUGUGUAUAUCCGUGACAGAGACCGUCGGUUAGAGAUUAGCGAGAUUAGCCACCCCUCUCGCGAAGGAUCCGCCUCUUUUCGCGCAGCGCGUUUAGCGGCUCCCCCCAAAAUAAUACAUUCGUGUUUACGAAGAGACGCUGCGCCUCCUCGGUGGACGCUUCUAAAAAAGUAGGUACAGUGAGGAGGGGAAGACAUGGUGGAUUAUUAUGACGUUCUGGGAGUGUCACGCAGCGCCUCUCCAGAUGACAUCAAAAAAGCCUACAGGAAGCUGGCCUUGCGGUGGCACCCAGACAAGAACCCAGACAACAAGGAUGAGGCAGAGAGAAAAUUCAAGGAGAUUGCAGAGGCCUAUGAAGUCCUAUCAGACAGAAGCAAAAGAGAAGCAUAUGAUAGCUAUGGGAAAAGUGGCAUGCCGAGCUCAGGCUCUGGAGGUGGCUCUUAUCCCGACGACUUCCCAGGAUUCACCUUCACAUUCCGCAGCCCAGACGAGGUGUUUCGGGAGUUCUUCGGAGGCCAGGAUCCAUUUGCUGACUUCUUUGAUGAUUUCCCAUUUGGAGGCAUGCACAGCGCCUUUCACGGUCACCAUGGCUCCUCCAGACUCGGGACUAGUCGGUUCUUCUCCUUCCCCUCAGCAGAUGUUGACUUCACCACCUUCUCCUCCUCCUCCUCCUCCUCCUCAAUGGGGGGCAUGGGAGGGGGGAAUUUUAAGUCUGUAUCCACUUCAACACGCAUUGUCAAUGGGAAACGCACCACCACAAAAAAGUAAGAUCAGAGAGAAUGGGCAAGAAAGAACAGAGAUUGAGGAGGACGGGGUUCUGAAGACUGUCCUCAUCAAUGGUGUGAAAGAUGAGAUGGCCUUAGCUCUGGAACUAAGUCGCAGAGAGCAGACCAGCCAGCCUCAGCGGACACACCAGCAGCAGCUCCCUCCGAAAGCCACCCACACCGACCUAGCUAACCACACCCCCCGAAACAGCACCCAGCGCUCCUUCAGCUCUGCCCCCUUCUUCCAUUGCCCCGAUGCCAGCGAGGAUGAGGAGGAUGAAGACCUGCAGAUGGCACUGGCCUACAGCCUGUCAGAGAUGGAGGCCCAGAAGCGGGCGGCCGCCUCCGCCCAGGACAUGAUCUCAGAGUCUGACUUCCAGGCCUUCACAGGCUGAUUGGUCACCACCUCCCCCCUUCUGUCCCUUGAGGUGAAGAGCUCCCAGGUGCUCUGCUUGCCCUCUGGCUCUGCUGCUGCUCACUCUUUUCAAAGUUUUAUUUGGAAAAACACAACAAACAGGUCAAUACAUGUACUGAGAAUGUGUGUGUGUGUGUCUGUAUUUGUGGGAGUAGUCAAAGCUCUGAAAGACUGGAAACUUAUUCUGAUAUUUUUCUGAUAUUCAGACCACAUGAAUCUCUAUCACGCUAAUUUGUAAAGUGUCUUAUGGAGGAAGCUACUGGACAGAAUUUGCAAAUCAUGUUAAGUGUUACAGAAACAGUGAAUGUGUAGCACUUUUAAAAUGCUAUAUUUAGGAAUUCAAAAUCAUCUGGAAUAUUAUGAUAAAGGUCAAAUAUUUGUUCAAAGGGUUCUCAUGUUCUUUUAUUUCAUUGGAAACAAAUAAUGACUCAUACAAGCUUGCCACUAGUGCAUGCUCACCUACACUGAAGGGUACAUCCCACAAGGCUUUGACAUAAACCUAACUGGACUGCACUGACCUGAAGGCUUCCUGUGACCUUAGCAGGCAGCACUGUGGUGUUGCACGAGUGACGAGCCAGCGGCUUCCUUCUGUUACACUUCUGUCUGAUACCCGAAGCCUCAGGAACGCCCGCAAGUGCCACACUAGUUUUCAGAGACUUUUAGACCAAAACAGCAACACUUCUCUGACUAAAACUUGUAUGUCUGCUUACUGUGUUCUCUGACAACCAAAAGCUAGUCCUCUUCACAGGAGAUCUCAGGAGCAGGGUGACAGAGCACAAAUAACCCACACCAUGCUGCUGCACCACACCACAUUUAAUUGAGAACAAUUUAAAAAUUAUAGUCAUAUAUUUCUCUUUUUUUGUAUAAUUUUCCACACAUUUGCUACAGGAAUCAACAAAUAGACUUCUCAAUGAAUUAUUUACAAUAAUCACACAACAGAAAGUUUCCACAGGUCAGAAAGAACAUGAGGAAAAGCAAGCACAUUGAGUGAUGGUUAUUACACUAUGUGUUUGAUACACUAAUCGAGCAGUACAUUCCUCCAAAAAGAGUCUUCCUCUGUUCAGAUGUUAGCACUGUGCAUACAUAUAGCCACCAUGUUUGACUGAAUAGGACAAUAAAUGUGGAUUCAGUAAUUUUUGACCUCAGCAGAGUUGAGAUUCUCAAUUGGCAUCAUCCAUUGGCAGGAAAAAGAGAUGUGCUAAAACUUGCCACUCUGAAAUUAGGUCCAUUUGUAUCAGUACCUGAAGCUUAUGUAAGUUUACCUGACUAUCUGCCCAGCUAUGACUGACUCACUCCAAAAAGUCUAUCCAUUGUACCCAGCACACAGUGAUCACUGUUAAAUUGAUUUCAUAGAGCCUUCCCUGUAUCUUCAGCGAAUAAGGCCAUGGUUAGAAAUGCAUUAGAAAAUUUCUUGAGCAUGAUAGAGUCCAUGUAAUAGCUUAUGUGAGUGUGUGAAGGGAGAGAAGGAUGCAUAUAGGCAGACUGGCACACCACACAAUGGAUCACUGUGGGAGGGCCUUCAGAAUGGCAUUCACUUCUUCUGCCACGGCUGUGAGAGCAAAUUCAAACUGGUCCUGCAGAGAGAGAAGAAAAGACGUACAUCAAUAUAUUUGAAUCAAGUACACACGCACAAACUUUAUGCACAUUUUCUACACCACAUGCACAAAUGACUCCCAUACCUUGGUGCGCACCAUACUUGGCCUCUGGUCACGAAUGUGCUCCAAUGUUGCGGCAAUGUCAAUCUCUUUCACACCUAGAAACAUAAGAACACAGUCAUGAGACAAACACAGUAAACCUCAAUGAAGUGUGAACUGUGUGAGACUUUGAAUGCAUGUAGAAUACCUUUAGCCAUGCGGUUCAGGACCAUGUCAAUUAGAAUGUAUGUACCAGUUCUUCCAGUGCCGUCACUACAAGAGAUAACAAAGCAAAUGAUUACAGUCUUUUGCCCUCAAAUAAAAUACAUGACAGUAAUAAUAUAUCUGGGUCCCUUUCUGCCCCCUUGAGACUGAAACUGGUAUUGCAGUUGUUUACCUGCAGUGCACAAUGAUUGGGCAGGAGCGGCCGCGGUAGCACUUGUUCACUUUCCUGAAAAAAGGACGACCAGGCAAAAAAAAAAAAG